AUGCAUGGCGCAGAGAGCCGGACGUGUCGUUUGUUAUAAAGCUGAUCUCCGGCAUCUGAAACGGACCAAUGCGCAGUGGGUGAACCUGCCGUGGCCACGAUGGGACGCGCACGGAGAAACGAGAGCCCGUGGAGGAAUUUUAACUGAACUGGAGCCCCAUUAUGUGACGUCAUAAAGAAUCAACAACAAAAAAGAAGGCAACAAAAACAAAAUGAGAGAAUGGAUCCGGUGACACGGGUGCUGAAGUUGGCCCUGCCGCGUCCUGUGGAUGUUGCAGCGCUCCGCCCGGCUGUGAGGAGAUAACGGACUCACCUCCUCUGCGCGCCUCCGCUCGCUGCUCCUCGCUGGAGACUUUGCAGUGACUUAUUUUAGACAUCUGGACGUUGUUGUGGAUUGUGUUGCUUUAAAGGCGAUGGGCUGUAUCCAGAGUAUCAGGUGUAAGCCCAAGAGUGUCAGAGAUAGCGUCAUCGUCUUGGAGGUGAACACUUCCAUCGAUUCCAACCCCACCAGCAUCGACGAGUCAUCCAGCGUGGUCCUGCGCUACCGGACGCCGCAUUUCAGAGCUUACGCGCGUGUGCUGGUGCCGCCAGUGGCCGCUAAAGAGACGUGGACCAUCGGCUGGAUUCAAGCCUGCAACCACAUGGAGUUCUACAACACGUAUGGAAACAAAGGGAUGUCAAGCUGGGAGCUCCCUGAUCUCUGUGAUGGGAAGAUCGUGGCCAUCAGUGACUCGGAUGGAGUAAACUACCCUUGGUACGGCAAUACCACAGAGACCUGCACCAUUGUAGGUCCCACCAAAAAGGACAGCAAGUUCACUGUUAGCAUGAAUGACAAUUUUUAUCCCAGCGUGACCUGGGGUGUGCCGGUCAGCGAUAGCAAUGUGCCUCAACUCAGCAGCAUCCACCGUGACCAGAGCUUUACCACGUGGCUGGUGGCCAUGAACCAGGCCACCUCAGAGACCAUCAUCCUGCAGACAAUCCGCUGGAGGAUGCGGCUUGACAUUCGAGUGGAUCCAGAGAAGCCGUUGGGCCAAAGGGCUGUUCUGCAAGAGCCCCUGGCCCAGGAACAACCUCAGAUCCUGGGACGGAAUGAGCCCAUCCCUCCUAAUGCCACUGUCAAGCCCAAUGCCAAUGAUGCUCAGGUGCUGAUGUGGCGGCCAAAGAGCGGUGACCCUGUCGUGGUCAUCCCACCCAAAUACUGACCUUUAAAACCUGCCUUGGAUACCUUAACAGUACGACUUCCUAUACAGUCCUUUUUAAAAAUUGGUUCAAUUUAUUUACAAUUUUCAUGGCUUUAACCUUUUUUGAUAUUUAUUUUUGCCCCAUUGCUCUUCUUCCUUAAUGUCCCCCCCCCCAAGUCGAUGGAGAGAAAACAGGCAGAUAAAUGAACGUAGGGCUAAACCAGUUCAGGGCUGGGCUUGCAAAAACUGCAACCAUUCUACCUUCAAACUAAGUUGAUUCUCACUGUGCUAAACAAAUCCACUGCAAACAAGAGGAUUGUUCCUUUUUUUUUAAAUUUGGCACUUUGGGCCAAGGGAUGUGUCCGCGCACAUGCUGCAUAAACCAAUAAGCACAAAUAUUAAUACCAGUUGUGUAUUUAUGUAUAGGCUGGCAGAGAGUGCAUUUCAUUGUUAUUGUUGAUUCUGUGCUUCUUUUUUCCUGAUUCUGAAUUAUUUUGUGUGACAGUUUUUAGUCCAAAAAAAAAAAAGCAAGACAUUCAAUCCAUGCUGCCUUAAGUUGACAUUGCUUUCACCACUGCAAAUGUUUUCGCCUUAAAUGAAGUGCAAUGCAGUAUUUUGCUCAUUCGUUCUGUCUCUUCUGAAUAAUUGGUGCUGGAAUGUGUGGGUUUAGGUCAGGAACAAGAAUCCCACUCGCAUCUGUCUUAGAAAAAAAGAUACUUUAUUGCAAGAAAUACUCACAAGGGUUUAUGGCAAAAAAAAAAAAAAAAGGGCACAAAUACCCCCAACUCGGAAACUGUGAGAGCACAUCAAACAAAGUAACAAACUUUAAAAAAAUUACAAAAUAUCAAAUAAUAACUUACAGUAUCAAUAAACAUGAAAAAAGAUGAUAUAAAAAGAAAGCCAAAAGCAUGUAAAUACAAUUACAUGAAAUAAUGUAAUAUAUGAAUGCAUUGAUAAUUAAAGGGGUCCUAUUGUACACCUUUUUUUCAAGCUAAUGUUGAUCACCAGAUGAGGUAAAAUGACACUGGUUUGCAGCCAUAGACACAGGUGAUCCUUAAAAAAAGAAAAAUUAGAUUUUUUUUUUUAAAGAAAUGCCCUAUUGCAUUGCCUCUUACUUCAAAUGGAAAGAUGCCGCUUGUAGCCACUCUCUCUCAAUCUUUCAAAAGUGGGCGUCAGUGUUCCAUUGCUGCACAGUGUGUGUGCCUGUGUCACACAGAGUGCAGGCUGACUCAGUGGGCGUGUCUUAUGGUGCAAGCAGGAGAUCAGAAUGGAUUUCUGUGGCAUAUGUCGCAGAAGUCUAUAGCAAACCAUAUUUGCCUAAACUUUCUUUACAGUGGUGUUGUGUCUACAUUGUGAAAGUUUGCAAUGUUUAACAUAAAACCCAGAAAACCUAAAACACUAGCAAUUGACCAAUAUGGGUUUUUCUGUGAGUGAAAUUUAGAGAUCUGUCUUUGACCACCAUCAAAGGUAAAUUAACAUCCGAGUUGUGCUUGUUGCUAAGGCCAACUUUCAAGUGCACACACCGUCACAGUGUGUGGAUGCCGCUCUCACAGCCACCAGCUCUGGCUGACAACAACUGAAAGUCUGAUUUACCGUCUGCUGUAUGCCACCAACAUUAAAUUAAAUACAGCGAUUUAAAAGCUGGGAAGUCGGGUGUUACCAUUUUCUUCCAAAAUUGGCACGUUCCCAAUUGUUUCACAGCACUCGCUGACAUCUGCCUGUAGAAUGGCAACGCUGACACAAGGGGGAGCACUAAAAACGUACCACAUCAUGUCCAUGCAUCGGCAGGCUUUUAUCAAAUAUUUGUUUUUCACAACAUGUCCCCUUUAAAUGAAGGCAAACUCGAAGUGCUGCUCUCAAUGAUGACAUUAGUGACAUCUUUGCUUGUCAACGGUGUUCAACAGACAUGCAGUAACAGCUUGAGGUGUUUUGUUUUUUUUUUGUUUGUUUGUUUGGCGUUUAAAAGCUCAGUUUGCUGCUUUAUUUCAUUUUAUUUGUCUUGCACAAGACAGAAAAAAAAGGAUUUCCGUUUAGUUAUCGUUCCAGGUCAGGGCACCUGUCUACCGUUUGUUGCCACCCUGAAUAGUUGUACUCUGUCUUUUUUGCUCUUCAUCAUCAUUCACACAGAAUCUCCAUCCCCGCCGGAGGUCUUCCUCCUUCUCUUCCCUUGACGUCUUGCUCUUGCAUGCAGCAGGCACGCAAGUUUGAUCCUGACGGCUCGGUUGGCAUAUAGAUGACCCAUUUCUCUGCUCUCGCUGCAGAAACGUGGGGCCUGUCUGCCUUUAUUUCACCACAGGCCAGUCAAUGCAAGAAACGCAUAAACAAACAGCCGUCGUCACCUAAAUGACCUUUGAAUGAUCUCUGAGUGGCUGUUCCUUUAAUGUCCGGUCCUCUACUUUUAAGAAGCUGCUACCUCCAGUGUUUUGGCUCCAAUCAACGAAGUUAUUUGUAUGCAAGUCGGAUCUCGUGUAAGCUCCUGGUGCUGCACUGGGAUCGCUUUACCAGCGAGCAGAGCUUUUUGAAACCCGCCUCAGGCAACAUUCCCUCUUUAGUUUUCAUCAUAUUCUGUUUUUUGGUGUUUUGUGAUUUGACUCAAUAACAGCUUGACAUUUCUCUCAGGACCUUAAUUACACAUGAAAGGAUUUCCAUUGUGCACUCAGUUGAUGCCACAAGCUAAAUAACUUUGUUGACACUGAAAUUACAUUUUCAACCCACACAUGGCAACAUCAGAAGCUCCUGAUCAGUCUGGUUUAUGUGUGGCUGAGAUGCUCUCUGCUGCAGGAACUGAGGAAUAAAUGUUAUAAUUACGCCUGCACGCUCUGAUGCCCAAACUCAACCCCACACAGGAUACCUGAGGAACAUAAAUAAUUAAAAAAAUAAUUUAGCAAAACGUUAAUUAAGCUUUAUAGAUAACUUCACCAUGGUAACCAGGGGCAUAGCCAGGAAUUCAAUGUGGGGGGGUCGUUGUCCAUUAGAUGGCUUCGACAUACUGUUUUGAGCAUUUCAAAACCACUGGGUCAUUCAGUGUGAAAUUGAAACUGACAAAUCCUUUUCUGAAACAAUUGUUUCAUUUACUUUUUAGCAUUUCAACAAAGUCAACCAUUUUCUUAACCAACUGUUUCAUUCAUCGUUUUAAGCACUUAAAACUGAAAUUCAUUUAACGAAGUGAGGACUUGUCAUUGUCCACUAGGUAUCACAGUUUUAGUGUUUCAUGCAUUUUUGAGGCAGUGGAUCAUUUUAUCAAGCAAUUGUUUCAUUUAGUUUUUUAACAGCUUCAAAACAAUUUGGAAGCAACCAAUUCAUUCAGUUUUUGAACAGAUUUGAAAGAGUGAAUCAUUCAUGAGCACCAGUCGACACUAUCAUGGUGUUUUGAACAUUUUUGAAGCAAUUGCUUCAUUUUGUAUUUGAAAACAUUUGUGUUUUCAAAAUGAAUACUUUCAGUUGUUGCUUUGAAUGUUUCAAAAUUGAGAAGUAAAGUUUCUGAGCUAGUUAUUACACUUAGUUUCUUGAACAAAUACUAAAUUAUUUUUUCAAUGAAUGAAGUCUCACUGUCCAUUAGAUGCCACCAUCACAGUGCUUCAAUACAGUGAGUGAUUUUUCUGAAGACAUUUGUUCAUCUGGUGUUUUGAGCAUUUUGAAACAGUGACUGAUUUUCUAAUGCAGUUGUUUCAUUUUGUGGUUUGUGCUGCUGGAAAGCUGGAAACUAAUUAUUUUCAAAAGUAAUUCUUUCAUUUAAAGUUUUGAGAGUUUCUGAACUGUGAAAUCAUUUUCUGAACCACUUGUUUAAUUUUACAUUGAAUGCUGGAAACACUCAAUUUACUAAAAUGUUUCAUUUAGUGCUUUGAGAGUUUCUGAACUGUGAAUCAUUUUCUGAACCACUUGUUUCAUUUGCUGUUGAAUAUUGGAACAUUUUAUACCGAACAUUUUUUAAAAAUGUUGUUAUUUUGAGUGCUUCAAAACAAAACCAUUUCCUCAACCAGUUGUUUGAUUAAUUAAUGAUUUUUUUUAAAGCAUUUCAACUCAGUGAAAUAUUUUCGAAAACAACCGUUUGAUUUUGUCAAAACUAUGAAAACGCUUUGUUUUUGACAGCCCAGUUACACACUUUUUUCAUGAUAGUCACGAAAUGUGUCACAUUUUCAUGACAUGGUCAAGUUUAGUUCACUAUUUCUAACCUAACCAUACCCCCACCAGGCAUCAUCCUAAAGUUUGUGACACCAUCACAAAUUAAUUUUGUGAUACCAGUUUCACAAAUUAAAUCACUUUUCGUGAUGCCAUCACAAACUGUUGUGAGAUUGUGAGAUCAGGUUGAUUUUUGGUGUGUGUGUGUGUGUUGCGGGAGGGCAAAAUCAAUCCUGAACUACACCUAUAUAAACAACAUCGCAACACUGUAGACUAAAAUGUUUUGUGGUAACUUUAUCAUAAAUAAAUAAUAGCAGUAAUAACAAACAGGAAAGAAAUGUUCAGACUUGAAACAUCUGGGAAAUCCCCCAAUACAAACACACAAACAAACACACACACACACACCCUUCAAAAUGAGGAUAAGUGUCUAAAAAGAGCACCUCUGCUCUAUGGACUGAAUUUAAUUGUGCCGAGUCAUGCUAAUGCAAAGUUUAGCUAAAAGUCUUGUGUGAGUUGCAAAGUCAAAUAUCAAAGGUCAAAGUGCUUGUAUGGGUGAGGGGCUAACACAGUGCUAGACGUGGGACAGGAACAUGAAAGGUGACAACAAAUUGAACCGUUUGGUGUUUUAAAGCCAUCUUAAAAUAAAGUUGACAUUUACCAAGCUGGACUUGGAUGUCAACCACAAGUUAUUUCAACUCAAAGGCAGUGUAAGAACUCAGUGACCUUUCACCUAUAGCUCACACCUCACGGAAAGCAAAACGGAUCCACUUUUAACGGCGAACUGACUAUUUAAGGUAUAGCUGUGACCUGUAACCACUGUUGAUAGCGUUCUAGCUGGACAACAUAUAAUGUAUUUAAACUGUGACACUCAAAUACUCGUGUGUGUGUGUGUGUGUGUGUGUGUGUGUGUGUGUGCGUGCGCACGCCGGUUAAAUCCCAAUUGGAGGGAUUUAGGGAGAAUGACAGGAUUCACCAACGUGCUUCUGCCAUAGUUGAGUCACAAGUCGCUGUGUCACGCACAUAGACGAUAAAAACCGGGGACGGAGCGUAUACAAACAGCAGCAGUGCUGGUGUGAUAUGAUUGUAGCAGUAGUGUCACAUCGGCAACAUUUAUCAGGUCUGCAGGUGCACUCUGAUCACCGCUUACAUGUGCAACAAAGCCAUAUGCACUUUUUGUUUCUUUCUUUUUUAUUUUUUUUACAAACAACGAAGGUGACAAUACAGUAUUGAGGGUUACUGACUGUCAAUGAAUGACAGUAUUUUGCUUGAAAUAUAAGAAAAAAAUUGUGUAAUUUCUUCCCUGUUUGUGUUCAAAUAUGUUAAGAUUGUGUUAAUGUUGUGUAUCUUAUGUAUACUUCAAAAUUAUGUUAUAGAUGCUUUAUGUUCUUCCUUAUCCAAGCCACAGAAAAACAAAAUCACUUGUAUUGCGGAGGACAAAUAGUGCCAAAACUGAGCCAUAUCAAUGCAGCGAGUGAAGGAUGGAGCCAA